AUGGACCGCCCGAAGAAGCCCACCGCCAUCCCCGUAUCCUCCUCCGUCCCCGGGCCCAGCGUGUCCGUCCUCGAGAACCGCGUUGAAGCAUCGCUUGCAUCGGGGGAAUCAGCUACCGUCAACCUCUUCGGGGCUACAGUGACAUCGUGGAAGCUAGCAGAUGGCGCAGAGCAGCUAUUCCUUAGUGAGAACGCUCAUCUAGACGGCUCCAAGCCGAUUCGUGGUGGCAUCCCGCUUGUCUUCCCCGUGUUUGGCCCGCCCCCCAAGGAGCAUGCAACUUCCGCCUUGCCCCAGCAUGGAUUCGCCAGGAAUGCCUACUGGGAGUUCCUGGGCAAGUCUACCUCCGAGUCCGAGGGAGAUGCCAGCGUCAAGCUCGAUUUUGGCCUGUCAAAGGGCAUGCUGAGCGAUAAGUUCCAGAAGGACUGGCCGUUCGACUUUGGACUGGUGUAUAGCGUCACCCUGAGCCCCCGAAGCCUGAUCACUUCGCUGCAGGUUCAGAAUAAGGGAACCGCCCCAUUCGAGUUCCAGUCUCUCCUACAUACGUAUUUCAGAGUAGAGGACAUAUCGAAAAUCCGUAUUGGGGGCCUUCAGUCGAAAACAUACGUCGAUAAAGUCCGUGACGCAUCUACAUUUACAGAGGAAUCUGCCGCCAUCGGGAUUUCGUCAGAGGUAGAUCGUGUCUACCAGUCCCUUGACCCAAAGACGCCGGUGACCGUGACGUCGGAAGAUAACAAGCCCGUCUUCUCGAUCACCCGGGAAUCGUUGAACGACAUGGUUGUCUGGAACCCGUGGGUCGAGAAGGCGAAGGGGAUGGCAGACUUCACCCCAGACGAGGCAUACAAGAACAUGAAGAAGAAAAGAAAGCCCAAGACGCCACGGAUGGACCGGCUUGGCCGUAACUCGCCCAAGCCAGCUGCGCGACAUGGCCUAGACGAUAUAGGUCGGAGCAGUGUCUCGUCUCUGAGAUAUGAAGUCGAACAUGGCCGUGAUGAAGACGAACAGGGUCGAGAAGAAGCAGACAGGCCGGUGACAUGGAGCUCGCUGCCGAAGAGGAACCAGCUCAUCAUCCUCACGGUGGCCAGGUUAUCAGAACCGCUUGCACAAACCUCGCUACAGGCCUACAUGUUCUACCAGCUCAAGUCCUUUGAUCCAUCGCUGCCAGACUCUACCAUCUCGUCGCAGACCGGAAUCCUGCAGGGCGCGUUCACAGGUGCUCAGUUCCUCACGGCCGUCUUCUGGGGCCGGCUUGCUGAUACGGAGCUGCUCGGAAGAAAGACAGUACUGCUCAUAGGCCUCUUUGGAGCAUGUAUCUCUACUCUCGGCUUUGGUUUCUCCAAGUCCUUUGCGGCUGCAGCGUUUUUCAGGACGCUGGGAGGCGCCUUGAACAGCAACGCCGGCGUGAUGAGGACGAUGCUGUCUGAGAUUGUCGUGGAGAAGAAAUACCAGUCGCGGGCCUUUUUGCUGCUGCCGAUGUGUUUCAAUGUCGGUGUCAUCAUCGGCCCUAUCAUGGGAGGACUGCUGGCUGAUCCCAUCAGCAACUAUCCAUCCGUCUUUGGACCUGGAUCCUGGUUGGGAGGAGAGAAAGGAGUAUCGUGGAUGGUAAAAUGGCCGUUUGCGCUGCCAAACCUGGCUACAGCAGUGUUCAUACUCUGUUCCACACUCGCGAUAUUCCUCGGCCUUGAAGAGACACACGAAGUAACCCGGUCGCGGAGAGACUUGGGCAUACGUAUUGGCAAGUCCAUAUCGAGGUAUCUGGGCUUCUCGCGGCACAGCGACUACCAGGCCCUAGAUGGACUUGCGGACCCUGAUAUGCCAGAUUCGUUCGAUAUGGGAUCAACCGGAUAUUCCGUAUCGACUGAAAACUGCAGGAAAAGCGCUCCCCAACGGCGUAAACGCCUACCGUUUCGCCAGAUAUGGACUCGCAACGUUCUUCUCACCCUCGUUGCCCAUACCUUUCUCAACUUCCACACCAGUGCCUUUACCGCAUUGUGUUUCGUCUUCCUGCCCACGCCUCGCGCUCCAGGAAGCUAUAACGGGCUCUUUCAUUUUGGAGGCGGCCUUGGAAUGUCUAGCUCUAAGGUCGGCGUGGCCACCGCUAUAAUCGGCCUGGUCGGCCUACCGAUACAGAUAUUCAUAUACCCGCGCGUCCAGUGGCGUCUUGGGACAUUGAGAUCGUUUCGAAUCUUCCUCCCCUUUUCCCCCGUGGCUUAUAUCCUCGCCCCGUUCCUCGUGCUGAUUCCUAAUCACCCUUAUCUAGUGUGGCCUGCUCUAUCAGCCGUCAUAUUUUUACAGGUUGUAUCCAGGACCUUCUCUCUGCCUGCAACGGUAAUUCUUGUAAACAAUUCCGUGCCAGACCGGAGCGUGCUGGGUACUUUGCAUGGCGUUGCGCAGAGUGCGUCCAGCGCUUCGAGAACACUAGGCCCACUGAUCGCAGGCUGGGGCCUGGGACUGGGACUGAAACAUAACAUUGUCGGUGCCAUCUGGUGGUCUCUUGCUAUUGAAGCAUUCCUGGGAUGGCUUCUCACCUGGACUAUUGUUGAGGGAACCGGACUUGAGAAGUCCGAUGAUUGA